AUGGUGAAACUAUCUGCGGAGCUAAUUGAGCAGGCUGCCCAAUAUACCAACCCCGUGAGAGACCGGGAGCUGGAUUUACGAGGUUGGUUCAACUUUCUUCUCGACUACACAGUUGGUCAUGGGUCCUCCCCAUCUUGCACCACUCCUGCUAGACAAACAGCAGCACCCAGCAUCGCCCAAAGCUAUCAGUCCAACCUGAUGCACGCUGAUAACAGCCCAUACACCUCCACACCGGCCUUAUCUCUCUCGCAUGCCAGAUCCAACCAUACCUGUGGCUUCUGUGUACAGUAUAAAGAGCUGGGCCUCCCUCCCAUCGACCUCAGAGUUCUUGUGGAGAAGCAAAUGGCUAUGGCUAACGAGUGGCUGCUAUGUCUGACUUUGUCAGCCAUCGUAGCUGCUUGGCACAGCGAGGCAAAGUCUGCUGUGAACACAUUCUCCAUGUCCCAGAUUCCUGAAAAAAUAACAGGUGUGAGUCCCAUCCACAAUGGCCAGGUUUGCAGUACGUGGGGCAACUUCCACUUCAAGACCUUUGAUGGGGAUGUUUUCCAGUUGCACUCCACCUGCAACUAUGUUCUGACCUCGGCCUGCCGGGGCAGUUACAAGGACUUCAACAUCCAGAUAAGAAGACAGGAUGCUGGCGGCCGUCCCACCAUCAAAAACAUCAUUAUGAAGCUGGAGGGUUCAGUGGUGGAGCUCACCAAGGGCUCGGUGGUCAUUGAUGGCAAAUCAGCUGUCUUACCACUCAGUCAAGCAGGCAUGCUCAUCGAGAAAACUCCCACCUACAUCAAAAUCAAAGCAAAGCUGGGGUUGGUUGCUAUCUGGAACGAGGAGGACUCUUUUCUGGUGGAGCUAGACUCGAAAUAUAAGAACCAAACCUGUGGUCUUUGUGGAGACUUUAAUGGGGUCCAGCUCUACAACGAGUUCUACAGUCACGGUGUGAAAAUAUCCCCCAUGGAUUACGCUAACUUCUGGAAGAUGGAUGGUCCAACUGAAAGCUGCUCGGACUACACACUGGAGUCAACACAAAACUGCAACAACAUGAAACCUCUGUGUGAGCAGAUCCUGACAGGGCCGGCUUUCCACAGCUGUCACAAUCUGCUGGAUGUCGCCUCCUUCACCUCUGCCUGUGUUGCAGACCUCUGUCACUGUGGCAAUGGCGUCGAGGAACAGUCAGAAGUCUUCUGCCUGUGCAACACUGUGUCUGAGUUCUCUAGACAGUGUGUCCAUGCUGGUGGCAAGCCCCACAACUGGCGAACCAAAGAGCUCUGCUGGAAGUCGUGUCCCUACAAAAUGGAGUACAAAGAGUGUGGGAGUCCCUGUGCUGACACCUGCUCCAACCCAGAGGCCAGCCACACCUGUGACAAUCACUGCAUCGAUGGAUGCUUCUGCCCUGCAGGCACGGUGCUGGAUGAUCUAAAUGGAAAAGGUUGUGUCCCACUGAGCCAGUGCUCCUGCAGCUACAACAGCAAGAUCUAUGGGCCUGGAGAGUCCUACUCCAGUCACUGCAAAAAAUGUGUGUGUGAGAGUGGCCAGUGGAUGUGUACGGAGGAGAACUGUCCAGGGACCUGCUCUGUGGAGGGAGGAGCUCACGUCAACACCUUUGAUGGAAAAGUCUACACCUUCCACGGGGACUGCUCCUACGUUCUGGCUAAGGACUGCAGUGGAAGCCAGUUUGUGGUACAGGGAGAACUGGUGCAGUGUGGACUGACUGACAGUGAAACCUGCCUCAAGUCCAUUACCUUGGGUCUGUCUGGAGGGGCUAAUGUCAUCACCAUCCAGCCCAAUGGCAAGGUUUUUGUCAAUGGCAUCUACGCUCAGUUACCCUUUUCUGCUGUUGGGAUCUCCGCCUUCAGAGCAUCCUCUUUCUACGUGCUGGUCCAGACGUCUGUCGGUGUUCUGUUGGAAGUGCAGCUCCAGCCAGUCAUGCAGCUCUACGUCACAGUGACCAACGACUACAAGGCCAAGACCUGUGGUCUGUGCGGGAACUUCAACAGUAACCAAGCUGAUGACUUCCUUAAGCUCAGUGGCGUUCCAGAUGCCACGGCAGCAGGUUUUGUCAACAGUUGGAAGACACAUGCUCGUUGCCCCAAUGUAAAGAGCAACUUUGAGAACCCCUGCAGUCUUAGUCUGGAUAAUGAGAAAUACGCCCGCCAUUGGUGCUCCAUGCUGAACGACCCUCAGGGAGUGUUUGCCCCCUGUCACUCAGAGAUCAGCCCUGACUCUUACAAAGAGAACUGCAUGUAUGACAGCUGUAACUGUGAGAAGAGUGAGGACUGCAUGUGUGCGGCAGUCUCCUCGUAUGCCCAUGCCUGUGCAGCUGCAGGAAUCCAACUCAACGGCUGGAGGAAGACCAUCUGUGGGAAAUAUGCCAGCUCCUGCCCUAGCAACAUGGUCUACUCCUACAACAUCACGUCCAGCAGUCGCACCUGCGGCUGCAUCGGUUCCACGGACCUCAGCUGCCACUUCUCCUUCCCGCCCAUCGACGGCUGUAUCUGCGCAGAGGAAACCUAUCUGGAUGAAUCUGGGAAGUGUGUCCCAUCUAAGGCCUGUCCCUGCUACGACGAAGGCUCAGUGGUGCCGCCCGGACAGGUCGUAAAUAAGGAGGGAGUCAUGUGCACCUGCAAGGAGGGCAAACUCAGCUGCAUUGGAGAGUUUAUUGUGCAGCCAUCAGCCUGUGCUCCUCCCAUGGUUUACUUCAACUGCUCUGCUAAUGGUCCAGCUGCAAAAGGAACUGAGUGUGAGAAAAGCUGCAACACAUUAGACAUGGCCUGUAUGACCACAGGGUGUGUCUCUGGCUGUGUGUGUCCAUCUGGGAUGGUAUCUGAUGGUAAAGGAAGUUGCAUCAAGCCAGAGGCCUGUUCCUGUGUUCACAACGGCAUCUCCUACCAGCCUGGAGAGACCACCAAGGUGGACUGCAACACCUGCACUUGUAAAGACAGGAAGUGGCAGUGCACUACCAACCAGUGUGAUGGAACCUGCUCUGUCUAUGGUGCCGGACACUACAUGACUUUUGACGAGAAGCGCUUCACUUUCGAUGGCAGCUGUGAAUAUAUUCUUACUCAGGACUACUGUGGCAGUGCUCAGAGUAAUGGAACCUUCAGAGUGAUCACUGAAAAUGUUCCAUGUGGAACCACAGGAACCACCUGCUCCAAAACCAUCAAGAUCUUCCUGGGGAGUGCAGAACUAAUACUAACAGAGGGAAGCUACCAGCUGCUUUCAAGUGGAAAUGAAGAAACAGUUCCAUUCCUUUACCGCACUAUGGGCAUCUACCUGGUAGUUGAAGCCAAUAAUGGACUCAUUCUCAUGUGGGACAGAAAGACCAGCUUGUUCAUCAAGCUCAGCCCAAAAUAUAAGGGACGUGUGUGUGGGCUGUGUGGUAACUAUGAUGGCAAUGCAAAUAAUGACUUCACUACAAGGUCCCAUGCAGUGGUGGUCAACCCGCUGGUGUUUGGGAACAGCUGGAAGGAUUUGCCAAGCUGCCCUGAUGCUCAGGCAGUGACCAGCCCCUGCACAGCCAACCCAUACAGACAGUCGUGGGCCCAGAAACGGUGCAGCAUUAUACAGAGUGACGUCUUCUCUGCCUGCCACUCUACUGUGGACCCCACUCCAUACUAUGACGCAUGUGUGUUUGACUCAUGUGCUUGUGACACUGGUGGAGACUGCGAGUGUUUCUGCACAGCUGUGGCUGCUUAUGCUGAAGCCUGUAAUCAAGCCGGAAUCUGCAUACAAUGGAGAACUCCCAAGAUCUGCCCUCUCUUCUGUGAUUACUACAACCCCCCUGGUGAAUGUGAAUGGCACUAUAAGCCAUGUGGAUCUCCUUGUAUGAAAACCUGCAGGAACCCCUCAGGCAGUUGCUCUACCCAGAUACCUCCUCUAGAAGGUUGCUAUCCAAAAUGUCCUCCUGCUCAGCCAUACUUUGAUGAGGACACAAUGACAUGUGUUUUAAAAGAACAAUGUGGAUGCUUCAAUAAAGAGGGGAGACACUAUAAAAAUGGUGACAAUGUUCCAACAACCGAAAACUGUCAAACAUGUACAUGCAGUUCUAUGGCCAUCCAAUGCCAUUAUGAUGCCCAAGCUUGUACUUGCACCUAUCAUGGAAACAAAUAUCCCCCUGGCAAUGUCAUCUAUAACACAACAGAUGGACAUGGUAACUGCAUCACAGCAGUGUGUGGAAAGAAUGGUACCAUUGACCGGACGUCAUACCCAUGCCAAAUAACGACAACACAUAUGCCAUCCACUGCUACACCAAGCCAGCCACCAACAACCUUUGUUUUUACAUUAACGACAUCAGGUAGGGGAAGCUUCCCCACACUGGGAACUCCAGGAGGAGACAGUGAAACUUAUGAAAAGAUUAGAGAAGAGGGGUACAAGAUAUGUGACAAGCCAAGCGAGAUCCAAUGCAGAGCUGAGAAAUUCCCUAAUGUCACCAUUGACAAUUGCAUGCCCAACAAAGCCUACUCCUACACCUACAACACCUCCAAGCUCAACCACAAAACCCCAAAUAACCCCAACAACACAACAUGUGGGGACAAUGAAACCAUCACACACAUCAUCCAGAAAGGAUAUGAAAUUUGUGAGAAUCCAGUGGCAGUGGAGUGUCAGGGUGUGCACUAUCCAGGGGUUCCCCUAAAGACCUUGCGACAAGAGCACAACACCAAAACAUACAACAAUUACUUUCACAACCAAACCAACUACACCUCCUCAUACUACAACCACAACACCUUCUACCACGACCGAAACGACAACUCAGCCACCGACAACCACUACACCUACCACAACACCUUCUACCCCAACUGA